GCCAUCAGGGCGCAAGGCAGUGCACAAAGACGAAGAAGGCAACCAUGGCGGCUGCACAUCCAGAUUCCUGGGAUCCGCUCUCAUCAAAGGACCAAGACCCACCUCCGCAAUGCCUGAUGCGAAUCAAAAAAGACAUCACAGAAUUCAAAGCCCAACCGCCAUACGGCAUCUUCAUCGCUCCGCAGGAAGACGACUUGACCAAGAUCCACGCCCUAGUCGUGGGCCCCUCUGACACGCCGUACGAUGGCGGCAUCUUCUACUUCAUCUUGAAGUGCCCCUCGACCUAUCCCGUGAAUCCGCCGAAGGCGCGCAUCAUGACGACGGACAACGGACGGGUCGAGUUCAACCCGAACCUCUACGCUUGCGGCAAGGUGUGCCUCAGCAUCCUCGGGACCUGGAUGGGGCCGCCGUGGACGCCGACGCAGACCAUUGAGAGCGUGCUCAUCUCCAUCCAGUCGCUUCUCAACGAAAACCCUUUCGGGAACGAGCCCGGCUUCUCGUUUUUCUCGCCGCUCACGAAGAUCUUCGGCUACGAGAGCAACUACAAAUCGUUCCUGCAGCACGAGACAAUGAGAGUGGCAGUCUGCGACACGGUCGAAGCGUGCCUCAACGGCACUUCGCCUUGUCCACCGGUUCUGAGGGAGCAGGUGCUCAAAACUUUCUCGGAAUCGUACGACAAGUACGAAAAAAUGGCCACGGAACGCCUAAACCUGACCGGAACGUCACUGCGUGAUAGAUUUUUUAAAGUCAAGGGAGUCUACCAGUACAAGACGCUGUUGGCGCGACUGAAGGAUCUGAACGACAGAGUGAAGCAGCGGAAUGAAGCAGCAACGCAAACGGAAAACAAGUAAUCUGUUAUUUGGUAUGGCGGUAGCGCUGACGUGAUGCACUGUGUGGCGCGCCGACGCGUGAUGCUGACCAUUUCGUGACGUGCUGACGCUUCGACUCCAGCGCAUGUGAGGCAUCCAUCAAGAAUAGGCGCUCUGUAUGCCCCAUGCCAUGUCCUGUGGCUGUGGUUUUCCUAUGAGCCAACCGGGCAGUGCGAAAUCCAGAGUGCUUUUCGAACCAAAGAUUCUUGGCCAACGGUCACGAUCUUCAAUAGCGUCUGGAAUCUGCUCAGCGCUACUGUCUCAAGCCGGCUGUCUUCAUUGGUGCUGUGCACAUGGAACCCACAAAAUUUUUGAAUAAAUACUCCAGAGGGAAAUGCGG